AUGUUCACCAAGGCGCAAGCCCUGGCCAUGACGCAGAUGAUGGCGGUGAUUUUCUCCAAGCUGCCAGCGCAAGAAGACUACUACGACUUCCACGAACUGUCCGAGACGUACGACUUCAUUAUCGUUGGGGAGAAUUCUGAGCUCAGCUGGUUUAUACCGGUGAAGUACGUGGACAUGCCGUGCAUCCUAAGGCUGCGUGUGACAGCACCCAACUUGCCGACGUUCCUCCGUGCAGUUGGCGGCGGGUCGGCGGGCGCCCUCUUGGCAAACCGCCUGUCGGCGAAGCCCUCCCUUCGCGUGCUCCUGCUCGAGGCCGGAGGAGUGGAAGACACCCUGAGCGCUGUGCCGCUGAUGGCCACGCUGCAGCUUCAGGGGCCCAAGGACUGGGCCUACUGGACGGAGCCCCAGAGAAACGCAUGCCUCGCGCUCACCGACCAGCGCAGUCCGUGGCCACGUGGCAAGGUGCUGGGCGGCUGCUCGGCCGUGAACUUCAUGCUGUACGUGCGUGGACACCCCGAGGACUACGACCGCUGGAGCCGCGUGCAUGGCGCCACCGGGUGGGACUGGGAGAGCGUGCUGCCCUUCUUCAAACGCUUCGAGGACCAGACCGACAUACGCCUGGCUUCGUCCGGCAUGUACGGCGUGGGCGGCGAGUUGACCGUGUCCAUGCCCGCGUCAAACACACCGCUGGCAAGGACGUUCUUGGAGGCUGGCAAGGAACUGGGCUACGACAUCGUUGACUACAAUGCCGGCCGUGGCCAGAUGAUAGGGUUCUCGACCUUCCAGACGACCAUGCGCAACGGUUCCCGCUGGAGCACAGCCAGCGCAUUCCUGAGGCCCGUCUCCGGUCCCGCAGGAAGAAAGAACUUGCACAUCUCCCUGCACUCGACGGCCAACAGGGUGCUGUUCGAAGGCACGCGAGCCGUGGGCGUGGAGUUCGUGAAGAAUGGCCGCAUCCGUACCGCAUUUGCCACCCGCGAGGUCGUCCUGUCGGCGGGUGUCAUCGAGUCGCCGCACCUGCUCCUGCUGUCAGGCAUCGGACCCAAGGAACAGCUGAAGGAGUUCGGGAUUCCGGUGAUCGCCGACCUGCCAGGCGUCGGAGAGAACCUGGCCGAGCACUUGUAUCCCGGUGGCGUCAGCGCUAGCGUCAAACGCAAGAUCGACAUAGACGUCACGCCGUUCGCCGGACCACUGCUCUUCUACUCCCGCAACAAAGGUCCCUGGACCAUCCCCGGCGGUGUGGAGACGGUCGCGUUCGUACAGACCGAGCCAGCCAAUGGAACGGCCGCUGAUGUGCCCGACAUCGAAAUCCUGCUCUUCUCUAUGUCGCCGGCGUCCAGCGAAGGCGAGAGGUUCAUGCUCGACAUCGGACUCGAACAAGAGGCGUACGACGAAUACUACAAGCCCUUGCGCGGGAGCCACGGCUACAACCUGGUGCCCGUCCUGCUGCAUCCCAAGUCUCGCGGUGUGCUGCGACUCAAGAGUGCCGAUCCCCGGAUUCCUCCGGCCAUUGACCCCCGAUACCUGUCACAUCCAGAUGACGUCCGGGUCAUUGUCAAGGGCAUGAAGGCCUCGGCGCGCAUCGCCGAGACCGAGGCGUUCAAGCAGCUCGGCUCGCGCCUCUGGCCCCGCCACUUCCCGGGCUGCGAGCGGCACCUGCUGUGGAGCGACGAGUACCUGGAGUGCCUGGCGAGGCACUACACCACCGCCCUGUGGCACCCGUCGGGCACCUGCAAGAUGGGCGGCGGCAGCGACGCCGUCGUCGACCCCGAGCUCAGGGUUCUGGGCGGCGUGGAAGGCCUGCGAGUGGUGGAUGCAUCGGUGAUGCCCGAGCCGCUGUCGGCGCACCUGAACGGCCCCACCAUGAUGAUCGCCGAGAAGGCGGCGCACAUGAUCCUCCGGGACCUGGAGGGCGAGGAUAACGAGCCCCUGGUGCCAGACGCCACGGCCGUCGUUUGAGACCUCCGUGGACGCCCCCCCGUAUUCCAGACUCAAGAACAUUGCAUCACAACCAGCUUUCCGGCAGCCUUCUGGACGCGCUUGCGCUUUGCGUCAACUUAUUCUGGGUGGUGUACAGAGCAUCAUCACAGAGUCGGUUAUCGUCAAAGCGAAGCGUCUAAAUCUAUAAUGUAGAUUACCGCUAGUGUUGCCGUGCACCAGUUCGGGCGACGGUGCAUGAAGCUAAUAUAAUGUCGGCGUAGAGCCUACAGGCUGUAGACAAGAGCCAAACUAUAGUUGAUUCCUGGGCAUGCAAAGCAAGCUGCACCGUGUAAAUUGAAAGGUUAUUGUGUAUAGCUUAGAUCGGUCUUGAUCAUGCCAGCUAGGUUGGGCGGUGUGUGUUUGAUAAGCACGACGCGUGUCGUAGGUUGCGACUGGUCGGGCUUCACGGAUCCUUGUCUUGUUGUAAACACAGAUUGGAACUUUCUUUGCGCGUUAAAGCAAAUGCGCGGGGAAAUCUUAGGAAUCUCGCAAAUAUCUCUAGACCGCACUUGUCAUCCUGUCAAGACCGAAGGUCGGCAAGCCCACUUCGCUAGAUUUACGUAAACGAAUAAGGCCCAUUUUCCACUCAUUGAAAAAAAAAAAAAAAAAAAGCUGUGAAUCCAUGUUAAAGCAUCUUCACGUCUGGCGACACAAUCUGCAAGCAUGCUUGUAACAUUGUAUAGCCCCUUAUUGAGACGCAUUAGACAAUUAUAGAAACUGCUAAAAACUUUAUAUAACGUAUUAUACACCUUGGUACUAGGAAUUUUCAUUGUAAAGCUCGCUAGUUGGUUAUUUCGACUACGCUUUAUAAGUUGUAAUAUCGGGCUUGUCGAACUGAAAAAUGGACUGAUAUAAACAGUACAAUGCAUUGGCAACAGCGUGCUUGAGCUAUUUGAAAUUGCUGGCUUUGAUUUGUCGUCCCGGACCUACGUACAGUAUGGCCUUACACACUAGCACGAAGUACCGUGGGAUUGCACGCCCUUAUAUCUGCUUUAGUUUGUUCAGGUCGUAAUUCAUACUUUCUGUUAAGUUUUAAAAACACCCGGGACCUGUGAUGCGCAGUGUUUGUACAAAUAAAUACAUGAACAUUCCUCAUUGAAUAAAAUUAUUCCAUCUCGAAUGAGCGCUGUUGUGUACGUUUCAUGAGCGCUGUUGUGUACGUUUCCCUAUUAAGGCGAAGUUUUAUUUGCCUACCAUCCGAUUCUUUCACCUGGAUCAGUCGCUGGUCGGGUUCUCGCCAAAAAGAUUCCUCCUCACUUUUAAAAAAGCAAAAAAAAAAAGGCAAGCAUGUCCUGCCGCAGGAUUCAAACCUCUACUGCCAGGUGCAGUAGUCCGAUGAUUUAAACAUUAGGUCACAACCACUUUUAUUUUCAUAGUAUUUAUUACGAACAUAAUAUGUAUUUGCGUAAGUAUUUCCUUAGCGGCAAAAUCAGUCUUA